AUGACAUUAACUGACAAAUCCAACCGUUCGAUAAAAGCUAUUAAAACAAUAGUAAAAUCUUCCAUUACCUCUUCUUCCACAACUGCAACUACUAGAACCUCAACUACUAAAACCUCUUCAUCCACUAGAAUUAAAGCAUUAUUUACUCAUGAACCUGAAGAAAUUGAAAGAAAGACUGAACUAAAUAUUAUACAAACUUCAGAAACUAUUACUACUGAAGAUGUUGACACAGAUGUUAAUAAUAUAGAACAACAUUGUGUUCUAAUACCUUCUUAUGGAUUUCGUAGAAUAAACGAACAAGGAAAAGAGGAAUGGUGUAUUAAAGUAAGAGGUUGGGGAUAUGCCAAAAAUCAAAGUCGUAAAAGAAGGAUUUUGUUAGGAGUUGCACGUCGAAUUGUUGGAGUUGCCAAUGAUUUGGAAAAGAGUAGAAUUUUAGAAGAUAGAUUUGGAAUGUUUUUAACAAAAAAUCUAAAAAAUCAACGUUAUAAUAUUAAAAAGGAAAAAAAAGAAACUAAAGAUGGUUAUGAAUCAGAAAAAAGUGAGACAGAUAUACCAGUUGAAGUUGUAGAUCGAUGGGCAAUGGAAUCACAUGAAACCAAUGUCAGAUUACUUAAAUUGUUGGUGGAACCACAAGGAGUAGACCAUUCUGAUAAAGCUUAUUAUGGUUUCGCUAAUUUAAUUGACAAAGAGGGAAUAUCCGUGAUAUCUGAUAUUGACGACACGAUUAAAUGUACUGGAAUAACUAGUGGGCCACGUACAGUUUUAUCAAAUACAUUUUUAAAUGAAUUGAAAGAAGUCGAUGGAAUGGCCGAUGUUUAUAAAGAAUGGUAUGAUAAAGGAGCAGCAAUUCACUAUGUAUCUAAUUCACCAUGGCAAUUAUUUCCAAUGUUAAGAAAAUUCUUUCACAACAAAAAAUUUCCACCUGGAUCAGCACACUUGAAAUUUUAUGAUGAUUUAAUGAAAACUUUGUUGUUGGAAGGACGUGGCGAAAGUAAACGGAAUUAUAUAGAGGAAAUAUUGAAUGAUUUUCCCAAACGUAAAUUCAUAUUAGUUGGCGAUAGCGAAAUUUCCACUCCUAGAUCUUUUGGUGAUGUUAAAAAGAAUGGCAGUAAUAGUAGUAGUAAUGGCAGCGAGGCAUCAUAUAUUGAAGAUACUGGAGGUUAUUUUUCAGGAAAUCUAGAGAUGUAUUCAUCAUCAUCUCCAGUUAUCACUCCAAUUACCCCAAUGACACCAAUUAUACCGGAUAAAUCAUCGUCUUCAUCUUCAUCUUCAGUAGCAGCAGCAACAAGUUUACAACAAUUUAUGGAAAAAGUAAAACAAUAUGGUCAGAUAGCGCCAUUUACAUUAUUUCAAGAUAGUAAAGAACUAAGAGAAAAUGAAGAUGUUAAUAGAACAUUUAGAGAAUAUAGCAACGAAAAAUAA